AAGGAGCAGCAGGUGUUGCGGAUGGGCAUAGCCGAGCUGGAAGGAAAAGGGAGGAUGAGCUACCGGGAGGACCACCACUUGGGGCACGGUGAUGUAGAAGAGGAGCUCCAGAGCCUCGGGUGGUAUCAUGACAAUCUUACUCGGCACGCAGCGGAGGCUCUUCUUCUUUCCAAUGGCAGCGAUGGGAGUUACCUCUUACGGAAGAGCCAUGGCAAGGCCCAUUUGUUUUCUCUUUCAGUAAGAGCAAAAGAUUCUGUCAAACAUUUUCACGUGGAGUACAACGGAUCGUCAUUCAAAUUUGGUUUUAAUGAAUUUUCAAGCUUGAAAGACUUGAUUAACCAUUUUGCCAAUCAACCCUUAAUUGGCAGUGAGACAGGUACUCUGAUUGUACUGAAACAUCCGUAUCCUAAGAAAGUGGAAGAACCUUCUAUUUAUGAAUCUGUGCGGGUUCACACAGCAAUGCAGACAGGAAAAACAGAAAUUGAUCUUGUCCCCAAUGCGCCAUCGCUCGGUACAAAAGAAGGCUAUCUGACCAAACAAGGCAGAAUAGUUAAGAAUUGGAAAACUAGGUGGUUUACACUGCACAGGAAUGAGUUGAAAUAUUAUAAAGACCAGACGUCCACAGAGCCAAUCAGAGCACUAGACUUAACAGAAUGUACAGCAGUGCAGUUUGACUAUUCACAGGAUAAAGUCAAUUGUUUUUGUUUGGUAUUCCCACUGAGGACGUAUUAUCUCUAUGCAAAGACAGGAGUAGAAGCAGAUGAGUGGAUUAAGAUAUUGCAGUGGAAACUGUCACAGGUAAGGAAACAAGCCCGCCAGCGCGACAGCACACUCAGGCCUUAGGUACCACCAUAGCAACUUUGCCUGCAGGAGGCCCACCAUGCUAGUUCAAGCCAAUGCUCCAUCACACCUGCC